AUGGGAAACAAAAUCCUCCUUACCGGGGCUACCGGAUACGUUGGCGGCACUGUCCUCGAUCAACUCCUCAAGCACCCUGCACCCUCCCUUCGAUAUCUCACCUUCGACGUGCUGAUACGCGGAGAAGAAUCAGCACAGAAACUCAAGGCUGCGUAUGGCUCUCGCGUCAACCCUCUUCAAUGGAAAGGACUUGGCGACGUCGAGUACAUCGCCGACACAGCUUCGAAUUACGACAUUGUCGUCAACACAGGUUCAGGUUUCAUUCCAGCAGGCGCUCGGGCUUUUGUCAACGGACUAGCCCGCCGCAUCAAUGCCGGUCAUCCGAUGCCGUGGAUGCUGCACAUCAGUGGGUGCACGAACCUGGGCGACAAGCCAUUCACCGAGUACGCCGAUCCCGACCGUGAAUUCGACGACGCGGACCCCGAAAAAGUCUACAACUUCAUCAAAAGCGAGGACGAACGCGAUCCAUAUCCGCAACGAACCACCGAAGUCGCCGUGCUUACCCGUGCCGAGGAGACGGGUGUGCAGGCCGUCAGCCUUACAACACCGUGCAUAUUCGGCGAGGGCUCGGGACUCUUCAAUCGAGGCGGCCUCGUUGUUCCCAUGGCUGUUCGCUAUGUUGUCGAGCAUGGCUAUGGCUACAAGUUGACCGACACUGCCAACUUCGACUGGGUGCACGUGCAGGACCUCGCUGCGCUCUACGUGCUCAUCGUGCGUGCCAUCCUCGAGCGCGAAGACCGUGGCGUGGGAUACAUUCCGUCAGGGAAGAGAGGAAUCAUCUUCCCUGCUGUCGCACGCGUGCUGAACCUCGAAAUUCAGCAGCUCGCGCUCGACGCUGCGUUCAAGGCUGGAGUGUUGCCUCGCGAGGAUACGCCAAAGGAAAAGGAGAUUCGACAGGAAUCACUGCAGGCGAUUGCUGAUGAGAUCUGUGCCGGACAGAUCGCGAUAGCCGAGCGGGGAUUGGCUGGGCAUAAGGGCAUGAAGGGAACAAUGGCUAAGAAGUUGUUUCAAUGGAACCCUGAGAGACUGGAUGAUGCGUGGCGGCAAGAUUUCAUGGAUGAAAUUGUCGCAUUGAAGGAGGGAAAGAGAGAGACGACAUUCGAAAGCUGCAUUGGUAUAAAGCAAAAGGCUUGA